UUCACGUAGAGUUCUGCAAGGAAAGGUCUUGUCUUCGUUCUUGCCGCCGUCUUCAUUCUUUCUCAGUGAUUGUUACUCAGCCGUGGGAAAUAUGAGUGAGCAUGCAAGAACAAGAUCCCAAUCCUCAGAAAGAGGAAAUGAUGAAGAGUCUUCCCAGCCAGUUGAACCUGUGAUUGUCCAGCAGCCCACUGAGGAGAAACGUCAAGAAGAGGAACCACCAACUGAAACCCAGGGUAUUGCACCUAGUGGGGAGAUCGAAAAUGAAGGAGCAUCUGCUGUUCAAGGGCCUGAUGUGGAAGGUCUUCAACAGGAACUAGCUCUGCUUAAGAUAGAGGAUGAGCCUGGUGAUGGUCCAGAUGUCAGGGAGGGGAUUCUGCCCACUUUUGAUCUCACUAAAGUGCUGGAAGCAGGUGAAGGGCAACCAUAGGUUUAAACCAAGACAAAUGAAGACUGAAACCAAGAAUGUUGUUGUUCUGCUGGAAAGUUUACUGCUGAUAUUCUCUUAAUAAAGUUUUCCAGUUUUCUGCAAAGA